AAGAACAUGAAAAUCAAAAUCAAGUUAUAAUCUUGUAUUGGUAUGAAACAUAUCAGCAAAUAAGAUGUCUGAAAAGGAGGGCGCAUCAGAAGAGCUAGAGAAUAUUGCUAAUCAAUGUAUAAAAGAAUCUGAAUCACAGUCAGGGAAGGAGCCUGGAUUUGUUAGAGAAGCAUCAGAUUCACUAAAUGAAGCUUCUCAUUACCUGGAAGGGAAACCUUCUGACCAGAUUUAUGAAACACAUCCCAGAAUGAAUAUAUUAGAGUCAACAUCUUCCUCUGGAAGCAAAUCUAAGAAAAAUGCAGAACAAAAUAAAAAUCUUCCAUUUUCUGAAACAAGCAUUAGAAAUGCCAGCCUAGUGUCAAAAAUAGAAAUUUCACAAAGUUUAUCAUCACUAACUGGGAGUACUACAGAAUAUCAGGCUUUUAACUUCCAAUCUCCUAAAACAGUAGGAAAAGUUAAUCCACAAGUCUCUGAAGAAAACCAGAAACAACUUGGCUUUGAGUCAGAUAAUUUUACAGUUAACCUUGAGGCCAAGGGUUUACUAGAAUUUCCUAAGGACAUUUUAAAAACCAAAUAUGUAAAAUAUCUAUAUUUAGACAAGAAUCAAAUCAAAACUUUUCAAGGGACAGACUCAGGUGAUCUGCUAGAACUCGAAAUUCUGUCAAUGCAAGAAAAUGGGUUAUCAUCACUUCCAUCUGAAAUUCAAUUACUUCAUAAUUUAAGGAUAUUAAAUGUCAGUCACAACCGAAUAUCACAUAUACCUAAGGAAAUAUCACGGCUUAGGAAAGUCAGGCAACUAUUUUUUAAUAACAAUUACAUUGAGAGUUUUCCUUCUGAUUUACAAAGUCUUGGAAACUUGGAAAUUUUAGGUUUGGGUAAAAAUAAGUUAAGAGAGUUACCAAAUACUCUGCCUAAUUUUGAAACUUUGAGGGUUCUCAAUCUGGAAUAUAAUCAACUAAAAAUAUUUCCUAAAGCUCUAUGCUUCCUUCCAAAGUUAAAUUCACUAAAUCUUACUGGAAACCUGAUAAGCAGUUUGCCAAAAGAAAUUAGGGAACUUAAAAAUUUAGAAAAACUUUUACUGGAUCACAAUAAACUUACAUUUUUGGCUGUGGAAAUUUUUCAGUUACUCAAAAUAAAAGAACUCCAACUGGCUGACAAUAAAUUGGAAGUUAUUUCACACAAAAUCAAGAAUUUCAGGGAACUUAGAAGUCUUAUACUUGAUAAAAAUUUAUUGAAAAAUAUACCCGAGAAUAUUUCCUACUGUUUAAUGUUGGAAUGCCUUAGUCUUAGUGAUAACAAAGUAACAGAACUGCCUAAGAGCAUCCAUAAGCUUAAAAAUUUAAGAAAACUCCUUGUAAACAGAAAUCAUAUAGUGAAAAUAACUGAAGAUGUCUCACAUCUUGGUAAUAUAUGCAGUCUAGAAUUUUCAGGAAAUAUGAUCACAGAUGUUCCCAUUGAAAUAAAAAACUGCCAAAAAAUAACUAAAGUUGAACUGAAUUAUAAUAAAAUAAUAUAUUUUCCAGUGGGACUAUGUGCUUUACAUUCUCUUUACUACUUGAGUUUUAGUGGAAAUUAUAUUUCAGAAAUACCUGUGGACAUAUCUUUCAGUAAACAACUGCUUCGCUUAGAGUUUCAUGAAAACAAACUCCUCAUGUUUUCUGAGCAUUUUUGUUCUCUUAGUAAUCUCAUAUACCUAGAUCUUGGCAAAAACCAAAUAAAGAAAAUUCCACCAUCUAUUUCCAAUAUGGUGUCACUCCAUGUACUUAUUUUAUGUGGUAAUAAAUUUGAAACUUUCCCUAGAGAAUUGUGUACUUUAGAAAAUUUGCAAGUACUUGAUCUUUCGGAAAACCAAUUACAGAAAAUCCCUUCGGAGAUCUGUAAUAUAAAAGGAAUUCAGAAAUUAAACUUCUCAAGCAAUCAAUUUAUAUAUUUUCCUAUUGAACUUUGCCAACUACAAUCACUGGAACAGCUGAAUAUAAGUCAGAUAAAUGGGAAAAAGUUAACAAGAAUUCCAGAAGAACUAUCUAAUAUGACUCAACUUAAAGAACUUGAUAUCUCAAAUAAUGCAAUCAGAGAGAUUCCAAGAAAUAUAGGGGAAUUGAGAAAUUUGGUUAGUUUACAUGCAUGCAACAAUCAAAUAAGUUAUCUUCCACCAUCUUUUCUAUCUUUAAAUGAUCUCCAGCAACUAAACCUGAGUGGAAAUAAUCUGACAGCUCUGCCCAGUGCUAUCAACAACCUUUUUUCACUGAAGGAGAUAAAUUUUGAUGACAACCCUUUGCUGAGACCUCCAAUAGAAAUCUGUAAAGGAAAACAGUUGUAUACUAUCACACGUUAUCUACAAAGGGCAGAUGAAAGAGAUGAGAAAAUCUUAGAGAAGAUAUUCAAGAUAGUUGCCAACAACAUUACUGAAACGAAUUUUGAGUUUUUGUGUCAAAAAUUAAACCUGGCAAACUCAGAAACUGAUAGGCCCUCAAACAGCACUGUUUCAUUAAGUGAGAGAGCCCAACAAGCACUUGUUAUAUGGAAAACAGAAAGUAACAAAUCAUCAUUAACUGCUGCUGCUUUAACAGACCAACUAAUUCGGGCACUAACUAUGAUAGGAGCAUAUGAAAUUAUGGACAAAAUAACAGCUUUAAAUCUUUUUGCACAUGCAAUUAAAUUCUAA